AUGGUUCUGCCUGGCAUUUUCUCUAAACAGCAGAAGAAGAAGCCGACCGACAGCUCAGCCUCACCUCCUCCUACACCCUCGCUGCACGAGCACAAGGCACGCACCAGCACGCCGCCCGCGUCGCCCGAAAAGAGGCCUUCGAGCCAGACGAACCGCAGUUCUCACAGCGCACGCUCCUCUCCCGUCAAGGAUCGUCACCGGAGGUCCGACUCCUCCCCCACCAAAAAGUCGGCCUUUUCGCGCUCCCAGUCCCACGACCCCGACACCCACCCUCUCAAUCUCCCGCCCGAGGAGCGCCGUCGCCUGUCAGCCCUGCACACCAAAAUGAGCGAGCAGCCGCAGAGCACCCCGGCCACGCCCAUGGACGUGGACCGCGAGGCCACCGCCUCGCCGUCGCCGAAGCCGAACGGCAACGCCGCUGAGACCAACGGCGACAACGCUGCUCCGCCGCCCCCGCCGCACCGCACGCCCACAAGCCCGCCGCCCGUCGAUGCCGAGGCAUGCAAGGCUGCUGGCAACAAGUUCUUCAAGGCCAAGGACUACCCCAAGGCUAUCCAGGAGUACACCAAGGCGAUCGAGGCCGAUCCCAAGUCCGCGACCUACAGGUCCAACCGCGCUGCGGCCUACAUUUCCGCGAACCGCUUCCCUGAGGCUCUGGAGGACUGCAAGGUCGCUGACGAGCUUGAGCCAAACAACCCCAAGAUCCUUCACAGGUUAGCGCGUGUGUACACGGCUCUUGGUCGUCCUCAAGAUGCGUUGGAGAUCUACGAGAAGGCCAAUGCGAGCGCAACAGACAAGACGGCCGCUCAGGCCAUGGUAACCCACUUGACGCAGGCGGAGGACCUGCUGCGUUCAGGAUCCUCUGGCUCCAUGGUGAUCCACGCCCUCGACCAAGCGGAGAAAGGUCUCGGAUCUGGAGUCGCUGUGCCUAGGAAGUGGAGACUCAUGCGUGGUGAGGCUUACCUGAAGAUGGGUAACGCCAACGCACUUGGUGAGGCCCAGAGCCAAGCAAUGACGCUACUACGCGCCAACAGCCAAGACCCCGAGGCUCUCGUCCUCCGUGGACGCGCGCUCUAUGGCCAAGGCGACAACACCAAGGCCAUUCAACACUUCAGGCAGGCCCUUUCGUGCGAUCCGGACUUUAAGGACGCUAUCAAGUGGCUGCGUACUGUUCAAAAGUUGGACAGGAUGAAGGAGGAGGGCAACCAGGCGUUCAAGAGUGGAAAGUAUCAGGAGGCAGUCAACACUUACACUCAAGCUCUUGAGAUUGACCCGCAAAACAAGGGCACCAACUCGAAGCUCCUUCAGAACCGUGCGACUGCUAACAUCAAGUUGAAAAACUACCAACAAUCGGUGGAUGACUGCACGCGCGCUCUUGAGCUUGAUUCGUCCUACCUUAAAGCCAGGAAGACGAAGGCCAAGGCACUGGGCGAAUUGGGCAAAUACGACGCCGCUAUCCAAGAGCUGAAUGCCAUUAAGGAAACCAACCCUGGUGAACCUGGCAUCGACAAGGACAUCCGCAGCAUGCAACUCGAGGCCAAGAAGGCACAGAGAAAGGACUACUACAAGAUUCUUGGGAUUGAGAAGGAUGCGGAUGAGAACCAGAUCAAGAAGGCCUACCGGAAGCUGGCCAUCGUCCACCAUCCUGACAAGAACCCUGAUGACCCAGAGGCCGCUGAGCGCUUCAAGGACAUUGGUGAAGCUUACGAGACUCUGAGCGACUCUCAGAAACGCGCCCGUUACGACAGCGGCGAAGACCUCAUGGACCCUGCCGACAUGUUCGGUGGCGGCGGCGGCUUUGGCGGCGGCAUGGGUGGAAUGGGCGGCGGCGUCAACAUCAGCCCUGAGAUGCUCUUCAACAUGAUGGGCGGCGGUAUGGGAGGUGGCGGUUUCGGUGGCUUCCAGAGCGCCGGCGGAUUCCCAGGUGGCGCUCGCGGUAGAGGACAAGGAAACGGUGGAUCCACUCGCGGUGGAGCUAGUAGAGGCACAGCGAGAGGAGCUGGCAGUGUGCCUCGAGGUGGUGGAAGCACUGGCAGAACGACGACUUAUGGCGGAACGAAAACCGGUGCAAAUAACGGGGUCAACGCGGCCCGUAACGACGGCAAAACCGAGGGCCCUGGCGCGAAGAAUAGUACUGUUCCGGCGGCCGGCAAAACCAGCGGUGUUGAAACUUUCGGAAAUCCUGGUGCGGCUCGCGCCACCCGUGGUUCCUACAAGGCUGCUAGUGGUGAAUACAGCAACACGGAUGCUCGAAGCGCUGGAGACUCUUCCAAGUUCGGAAGGGCUUCAACCUACGGGAAGGACCAACGUACUGCAAGAUCUGCAAACCGAGCUAAGGAUGCGACGUCCAACAGACCGACAAACUCUGUUAAGGAUUCAAGUCCAAGCAUGGCAACUUCUCCUAGCAAGACUGCUCCUUCUGGCAAGGCAACACCUGGCAAGCCGGCUGGAGUAAAAGAGCAGAGCACUCCCAAGAAGGCGGACAGCAGCAAGUCGAAGAAGUAA